AUGAAGUCUUUUGCUACUACACUCGGCCUCGCGACCGCCUUCGCGAGCGUUAUCAACGCACACAGUGUUUUCACCACCUUGUUGAUCGACAAUGUCGAUCAGGGCGACGGAACUUGCGUCCGCAUGCCUAAUGAUCCUGGCACCGCCACAGACCCUAUCGACAGCAUCACCGGUCCCGACAUGGCCUGCGGCAAGGAUGGAGAGACAGCGGUUGCUUUCACAUGCCCGGCAUCUGCUGGCAGCAAGAUGACCUUUGAAUGGCGUCUUAACCCCGACUACUCGGCUCCCGGAAGCAUCGACAAGUCGCACAAAGGACCCUGUGCCGUUUACCUGAAGCAGGUAGCCGACAUUAAGUCUACCCCCGCCGCCGGUCCCGGUUGGUUCAAGAUUUGGGAUGAUGGGUACGAUGAAAAGGCGGGCCAGUGGUGCACUGAGAAGCUCAUUGCCAACAACGGCCUGAUGUCGGUUCAGCUCCCUACUGGCCUCCCCGGCGGCUACUACCUCGUCCGCCCGGAGCUGUUGGCCCUUCACGAAGCCGACAAGGGAGAUCCUCAGUUUUAUACCGGGUGUGCUCAGGUCUUUAUCGAUGGACCGACGGGCACCCUCGACGUCCCAGCCGAGGACUCAGUCUCCAUCCCUGGCUACGUCCAGCCGGGUCAGAAGUCGGUCAGCUUCAACGUCUGGCAGAACCCGCUGGACCUGCCAUACCCUAUCCCUGGACCCAAAGUGUACAACCCUACGGCUCCGAACGGCGCCGCCCCCAAGGCUGCCUCAGCCCAGUCGUACGACAAGACCGAAGUCGGCGCCGUGCCUGACAACUGCCUGCUCAAAGUCGACAACUGGUGCGGCACCGAGGUUCCCUCGUACAGCAACUCCAACGAUUGCUAUGCCUCUGCGACAGCCUGCGACAAUCAGCUCACGUUGUGCUACUCCGGCGCCGGGCCCACUGGCUCUGCUGGUUGCAAGCUCUGGGAGGCCAAGUGCCAGGGAAUCCAGGCUAACUGCGCGUCUAGCAACCCCAGUGGCCCACCAAACGCUGGGGUCAAGCUCCAGAGCCCCGAUCGCCAGCUUCCUGGCCCCAUUCCCAGCGCCGAGGACGUCGUCGACACCGCUGUUGCAUCUGUGCUGCCGGCUACCGGCGGUGCCCGUGCCGCCCAGGCCACUCCUGCUCCUGCUGCUCCUGCUCCUUCCGGUACUCCCGCUGCUGCCGACACUCCUGAUGCUGCUGAUACCCCUGCUCCUUCCGGUAUCCCUGUCCCCUCUGGUACUCCGGCUCCUUCUGAUACACCUGUUCCUUCUGGUACCCCUGCUCCUUCUGGUACUCCUUCUCCUUCCGCCGCCCAGGCACAGUCAGUCCAGGUCAAACAGCCCGUGCAGCCCGUGCAGCAGGCCGUCAAGCCCGUUGCUGUUGCCGUGCCCGAGCCGGUCGUUACAACCAUGGUGACCGUUUACACAACCGUCUUCGAGGGUGCGCCUGCCCCGGCAGCCACCAAAUCGGCCCAGACGACGGCCGACCAUGUGAAGAGCGUCAAGCCAGCCAAGACCAACACUGACACCAAGACAAACACCAACACCAAGCCUAACACCAAGUCCAAGGUCUUCCACCCGAUGAAGUCCGAGGCCGAGGGCACGACGGCGCCCCAGGGCAACCUGAAGGUUUCGGUGACGGGCCAGUGUGGCGCCGCGUCUGGUCAGACCUGCAAGGGCAGCGUGUUUGGCGAGUGCUGCUCAAAGUCAGGACGGUGCGGUUCCAGCCGGUUCCACUGCGGUGCUGGUAGCUCUAGCACCCGAGGAUGCCAGGCCAGCUAUGGCGUCUGCAAGGGCAACGACGGAGGCGCAGUCGCCCCCUCCCAGAACGGUGUUUCGGCCCCCACCACUCAGGCUAGCGAUAACCAGGGCACCGGUAGCCAAUACCAGCAGACUGCGGUCAGAAAGAUGCUUGACCAGCUGACUGGUGGGUUCUUUUAG